AUGGGGAAGAAAUUAAACUGCAAAGCCUGCCUCCUCAACGGGGGCUCGCCAGGGCCCGGCCCCGACCGCCACGACCGCCACGACAGGCAUGCAGGUGGCGCCUCUCCGCCCGGACAGCCGCUGGCGCUGUCUCUCUCGCUGUGGGACAGGGAGCGCUCGGGCCGGGACGGCCGGGAUGGCCGGGAUGGCAGCGGCUCGGCUGCAGGUGCGACGCCAGGUGCCACCCCGGGUGCGGCGGCCGCGACAGCUGCCGGCACCGCCUUCUCCUCCGCCUCCGCCGCGCGCUCGCACGCCAAGAUGAAGCGCUUCCUGUCCACGCUCGUGCAGUUCGGCUCCGACAUCUCCGCCGACACCGGCGAGCGGGUUCGCGCGCUCGUCUUCAGCCUGGUGGCGAACGGGCUGUCGGUGGAGGAGUUCCAGCAUUCUCUGCAGGAAGUCACAAACUUCCCGCUGCGCGGUUUCGUGCUGCCGUUUUUGCGAGGACAGCUACCCGCACUGCAGCGCGAACUGCACGGGCUGGCUAAGGCUUCCGGCGAGAGCGCCCUGCAGUACCUGCGGCACCACGAGCACCUCCUGCUGGACCCCGCGUCCGUGUCGCCGGCCGGGGAGGGCGUGCUCAACAUCUUCCACGCGGAUGGCAAGGACGCCGCCAAGCGGCCGGCCUCCGACAGCCUGGAGGAGGCCGAGGAGGCCGAGAACCUGUCGGCGUGGGCCAAGCGAGCGCACACCUCUCUGGACCGGACGGACCGGGACCGGGCCGUGGACAGGCCGGUGGAGAGGCCGGAGCGGACGGAGCGCGCCCUGGUGAGGGGCGGCGGCGUGGUGCACCCCCGCGCGCGCCACAUUCCCCCUCCGCCGCACCUGCAGGCCCAGCUGCACCCGCAGCACCCCGCGCAGCACGCCAAGGAGGCCGAGGAGCGCCGGAACAACGAGGACGAGUGGAAGAACAUCAACGUGAUGCUGAACUGCGUGCUGAGCAUGGUGGAGAAGACCAAGCACGCCCUGGUGAUCCUGCAGCAGCGCAGCACCGUCCCCGCCGACGGCGCCGCGCACGAGAACGGCGUGGUGGCGCUGACGGCGGCGGGCGCGGCCGGCGCGGCGGUCGUGUCGCGGCAGAUCAAGGCCGCCGUGGACGACAUCAUGGCCCGCACCUUGCAGGACACGGAGGAGCGCAUCGCGGAGCUCAAGCGUCGAGCAGAGGAGACCGUGAACGAGGUGCGGCGGCAGGCGGUGCUCGAGAUCCAGAGGGCGGUGGCCGCCGCCGAGGCCCAGGCCGCCGAGCUGAUGGCGGCCGAGAGGGUCAACCUGGAGCGCCGGCUGGACGCCGUGGCCGCCGUGGCGCACAACGGGCACUCGCCGCCCGCGGACCGCCUGGCACACACCGCCAACAACUGCUGGAACUGCGGCCGCAAGGCGCAGGAGACGUGCAGCGGCUGCAACGUGGCGCGCUACUGCGGCUCGUUCUGCCAGCACAAGGACUGGGAGACGCACCACCAAGUGUGCGCGCUGCGGGGCGCGGCCGUGCAGAUGGAAAUGAAGCAUUGCCUUACGUUUCCGCUUUAUGAUUGUUUUAACUUAAUAAAUGUUCGUCUUUGA